AUGCCGAUCCGCAAGAAGCAGAGACGUGAUGUCAUUCGUGAAGAGGACAUUCUAAGUGACAAGAGUGAAGAUGAGCAAAAGAUAAUGGUUCGAUUUAUCGAUGAUCAUGGGGAGCCCACAGGAACUCAGAUAUUAUUGCCUGUAUCGGCUACUAUCAAGCAGUUGGAUGAUCUGCUAUCCUCAUUUCUGGAAGAAGAACAGAAGGUGAUUCCAUAUGCUUUUUUCAUUGAUGGAGAACAGUUAAAUAGUAACGUUCGAGACAUUCUGUUUCAGGCACAAAAAAACAGGUACGUGGACAAGAUGCUGAAGGAGGGUCGCCGUGUGCGCCAGAAAGACGUGGAUAAGCUCACAUUUGAACCUCCAGAAGAAACUGUACUGGACAUUGUUUAUAAACCUCAGGCUGUGUUUCGCGUGAGACCAGUGACUCGUUGCGCGGGGACGCUGGAUGGCCAUAGUGAAGCAAUUCUCGUCGUUUCCUUUUCGCCUGAUAGUCAAGUAUUGGCGACGGGGGGAGGGGAUAAGGAGAUUCGAAUCUGGGAUACUAACACCCUUACUCCAUUUGAAGAGCUAAAGCAACACACAAGCUGGGUUCAGGUGCUUUCAUGGUCCCCGGAUGGGCAGUAUUUAGUUAGUGGGAGCAAGGAUGGAAUGCUCAUCAUAUGGAGGCACGAUGGCGAAUACGCAAAGUUUAGUGGUAAGAAGCACAAAGCACACAAUAAUUACAUAUCUCACAUUUCAUGGGAGCCGUUGCACAAGAACAUUAAGUGCGAUCGAUUUGUCUCCGCGAGCAAGGACUCCUCCUUGAAGGUUUGGCAUGUCACGACAGGGAUACAGUUCUCGCUAUCGGGCCACCAGUCCUGCGUGACCUGCGUCCGGUGGGGCGGUGAGGACCGCAUAUACUCCUCCUCGCAGGACCGCACGCUGAUCGUUUGGGACUCGACAAAUGGGUCAGCGCAGUGCGUUCUGCGGGGGCAUGCCCACUGGGUGAACUUCUUGGCCCUUAGUACGGACUUAGUACUUCGUACGGGGUGCUUCGACCACGAGGAGCGGACCUUUGAGAAUCUCGAGGAAAAGCAGGAAUAUGCGAAGAAACGCUAUGAAGCGGUGGUGAAGAGGUCCGAUGGGAUGGAGCGACUCGUAAGCUGCUCGGACGAUAAUACAAUGUUCUUAUGGAGCCCGCAGGCGAGUGCCAAGCCUGUCGCACGCAUGACAGGCCAUCAAGGAAUUGUAUUUCACAUUCAGUUCAGCCCGGACGGAUCGAUGAUUGCCUCUUGCUCAGCUGACAAGAGCGUUAAGCUAUGGAGUGCGAUAGAUGGCAAGUUCAUCACGACCUUUAGAGGGCAUGUCGCGGCGGUCUAUCACGUAAGUUGGAGUUUGGAUUCUCGUAUGCUGGUGUCCGGUAGCAAGGACACUACACUCAAGUUGUGGUCUGUGGCGAAGCGCGAGCUAGUGGAGGACAUGUCUGGCCACAGUGAUGAGAUCUAUGCGACAGACUGGAGCCCUGAUGGUCAAAAAGUGGCAACAGGUUCAAAGGACAAAAAGGUUCGCAUUUGGGUACACUGA